GCAGUGCGUCGCCAUUGAUUUCUCUCUAGCUAGCAUCGACGGUAUUUGUGCCCAUUCAUUUUCCAGCUUCUUUCUCUUUUUAUACGCCGCUACAAGUUCAGCCAAUACACCGCCAUACACUUCCAACCGAGCCAUCUCUCACGCGCACCGCGCCACCUGCGCGCAUUCAACUCGAGCUUAAUUCGCUUGCAAAGAGCAGUUGCUCUCUGAACACCAAAAUGCCCAAAUAUAAGCGACUACUGCGAUGUCUACCUGACGCACGACUCGAUGAGCGUGCGCAAGGCGCACAACGCCGGACGUAACCACCUCAGAAACGUUCUGGAAUACUACCAACAAAUCGGACAAGAAAAGGCCCAAUCGGUCAUCGACUCCAUCACGUCGUCCUACGCCGCUGAAGGCCAGGCUGUCCCGAACCCCGCGAUGGCUCCUCCGGGUGCUUACCCUCCUCCAUUUGGCUUCCCUGGUCGACCAGGUCAACUCCCUCCCCCUCCGUUUGGAAUGCCUCCUCUGGGCGCACCCGGCGCGCCGGGCAUGCCUCCUCCCCCCGGAGCAAGAGGUCUCCCCUUCCCCCCUCCCUUCCCCGGUCCAGCAGGCGCCGCCCCUCCUGCCGGUCUCCCUCCUCUCCCCAACAUGCCCCCUGGCGCCCAGGGCUUCCCUCCUCCGCCUGGCGGAUUCCCUCCCAACUUCCCGACCCCUCCCCCUGGUGCUGCUGCUGCCGGGUUUCCCCCGAUUCCUCCCCCAGGUCAAGCUCCAGCAGGAUACAGCCCCAGUCCCACUCCCGGUAUAGCUGGACCGCCGGGACAGGAUGGCGGUUAUGCACCACCGCCCGGUAUGGGCGCCGGUUUGCCUGGUCCGCCUCCGGGAUUGGGUGAUAAGCGGUGAUGGUGGGUAGUAGUAUCUUAUCUGAUGUUGUAUCUGUAUCAUGUGUUGCUUGAUUUGUUUACUACGGGGGUUCUUACUUUCUUAUUUUCGCCUUAUUUGUUUGUCUAGAUUCAAGUGAUUCCAUACCAGCGUUCUAUCUAUGGGGAUUCGGUUAUGCAAUAUUUCUUUUUCUUUUGUUUGAUUGAAAGGAAAGAAAAAGUUGGUAAAUCAAACAGAAUUUGAAUAAAAGGAUUUAUUGGAUGGAUGGAUUUCUCUAUGUACUUUGUCAUAAUGCGUAUGUGAGUUGCGUGGUACUAAUAACUACCCAUGAGACAUCUUAAAGUAG